CCCCCCCCCCCCCCCCCAAAGUCGUAGACUAACCCCCUUCCGUUGUCACUUCACCUAUCCACGAACGAGACACACAGCCACACCCAGGCCCCCCCUCUUCGAUGAUCCACGUUGCCCAACGUCCUUGACCUGGGCUCUCACGAUUCCAUCGGUGUCGAACACGCCACACCUUCCCUCCCACGUCCGCGUCACAGCGCAACUGGUCUGUGACGGUACACAAACCUAACUCCAUUCCCGAAGCAAAUAAUAACCCAUUGAUUUCGCCUGCGUAACCGCUCGUCCAGCCAGAUUAUCCAUCUAGUGCCCCGCCCCCCAACCCGACAGCGCAUCUUGGCACAUAUCGCUACCGCAGAGCAUACAUCUGGCACGCCGCAGGGUCGCGUGUUCGUUGCCGCUAUCCGCUGUCCAACAUGGAGUCAGAUCCCCGGUCCGCGGGCCCCGAUGAUCAGGGCCUUCGUCGAGCUUGUGAUCAAUGUCGCACCCGCAAAAUCCGGUGUGAUAAGAGCUCACCUUGCUCCAACUGCCGCAUAACACAGCGACCCUGCAGCUCCAAUGGCGUUGGUCAAAAGCCAAAAGAGCAAAGACAUCGAGUGCUCAUAUCACUUCAAUACGAGAAGAAGAUUGACUUGAUCGAGGAACGACUUUCCAACAUUGAAGACCUGCUACGGAGCCUCACAAACAACCCCCAGAGCGUGGGCGACGCUACGUGGGACGCCAGCAGGGUCAGACACGUAACGCCCUCGGCAUCGACUGUCGGGGAUGUCUCCAUUUUGACCCACGACGGCGCAGAUUCGGAUUCCGCGUUCGAAGGCGAACUCUCACUCACCGCCCAUACCAUGUUUGCCAGCGACUUCAUCGAGAGUGCCGUACAGAGAACUUCGCUCCAAGACGUCGCGCCCAACAUGCACGCCGCACUCUCCGCUCUCCGUCAGAUUGUCUCUAUGCAAUCCAGGACUUCCUCCACUCGGGAGUUCCGUUUCCGCACCCAACAAUCGCUACCGCCAGGGGGCUUGGCUGACCUGCCUAUGCCACCUAUGAAUGCCGUCGUGGCUUUGCUCAAACACAUGAAAGUCUCGCCCCCCAGCAUCUUCUCUCUCGCGUGCUCGUUUCUAGAUGUUGAUGAUCUAGCUGAGCUCUGCCGAAGAGUUUAUUUUUGCACCGACAACUUUGCUGACACAACGUUCAUCAUCGUGAACGGCGCGCUCUUCUAUCUCUUCAUGGAGCAAGCAUACCUCGCACCAGACGGUACGUCCCGGGAAGAGUUUGAAAGCUAUCAGCACAUGUGCCGGAACAACCUGGAAACGGCUCUAGCUUGCUUGCCACUCAUGCUACCCGCCAAGGUCGAGAGCAUCGAAGCUUUGCUCAUAGCCGCCGUUUACUCUGUAGACGUUUCGAAUGCAUCCCUAGCAUGGCUCUUCACCUCUACUGCUGCUAGUUUGUGUCAGACACUCGGCUACCACCGCGUUUCGCAGGCUAGGAGCGAUAGUGCCGGACCCAGAGACAUCAAGACGCUGUUGUUCUGGCACGUUUACAUGCUCGACAAGACUCUCUCGCUCAGGACCGGCAGGGCAUCUGUCAUUCAGGAUUGGGAUGUCACCUUGCCCAGGAGAGUUGACAACACAAUGGUCGCAGAUCCUUGGGGGGCCAUUAUCACAACCUGGAUCAAGCAAUCCGAGAUUCAACAACGGGUGUACGAGCAAUUGUAUAGCCCGCUUGCCCUCAACCAAUCUCAAGAAGAACGGAUCGAGACAGUCAGACGUUUGGAAAGCGAACAGAAGACCAUCAUGGCCGCCGCAUCCCAGGUGCGGGAGCAAGCCCUCUUUGGUCUUAAAGCUUUGAACGCCUCUUCCAUAUUGGACAUACAUCUUAGGGGCGAUGAACUGACCUUCCAUUCGACCAUGACGUUGAUUUACAGAGCAUUACCGGCACCAGAGGGCUCACCGACUCGGUUUACACAAGAGUGUAUCGACACAGCGCGGUUCUCUAUGCAGUUGCAUCUUGAAUGCAUGCAGAAAAUCGCCGAAGAGGGGCGGCACCUCAAGGCAGUAUAUAUCCAUUGGGCUAUUCUACUCACCCCAUUCACGCCCUUCUUCGUCCUCUUCUGUCAUGUCAUUGACACAUCGAGUGCCAGUGAUCUCAAGCGACUGAACGAGUUUGUUGGCUCUCUCCGGCCCGCCUGCGCACUGUCUGAACCUGUCGAGAGGCUACACCAGCUUUGUUCAAUGCUGUGCAACGUGGCGACGCUGUACGUCGAAGGCAAAUCCCAGCAGUCGGAAGAACGCGAUCCGGUCAACGAUGAGUUUGACGUAUACUUGAGUGCGCUGGGGUUCCCGCCAACGGAAUGCCCUGCUCAGGGGAUGGAUACAGGCGAAAUAUCUCAGCCCACCUUGCAGACUGCUCAACUGGGCAACUGGUUUUCAGGCAGCCAGUAUAUGAUGGGGUUACUUGAAGAGGAUCUAUCCCAGUUCAACUAGCUGGACCGCGGAAGACGAGGCCCAAACCGGAAUCCAGCUCUGCGCUUGAGCCAUGCUGUAAAUAGAUUCGAUAGGCUUUUGCCACGGCAAGUUGGGUAUGUAUGUGCUAGGUGUCCGAUUGCGUACUGCUUGGAGCGGCCGAGCCAAAAUGAGAAUACGACGCCUCACCUGAGGCGCGCCAGACCCGU